UCUACAUUCGCUAUUCCGUCGUCGAAACCGCCUGAUAAUUCAGACAAUGUGAAACAAACGACAGCAACUAACUUAUCACUGGUUGAUGCAAGUAUUUUAGCACUAGAGGCUUUACCUCAUAAUCAAACAAAUCAAGCAACAUAUCAUAAGAAUGUUGCUGCUGCUCAUGCAGAGUACCUUUCACAUUUAUCAGUUCCCAAUUCUGAUUAUAUGUUUAGCGAUGAUUAUACACGGCAGGCGAUAGAAAAGCAGAUCAGUGCAUCAUGCAACACAUCUGCGGAAGAUGCUGCGCUUACUGAAACCGUAUCACGUUAUCUUAAUGCUGUUGAUUCUCAAGGAAAUCCCCAGCCAAUACCAUGGAAUAAAGUUUCUAAACAAAUUCCACAAAGAACUGGAGCCCAAUGUCAAGCACGCUGGACAGAAGCAUUAGAUCCUCGUAUUAAAAAAGGAAAGUGGUCUCCCAGUGAAGAUAGUAUACUGAAAGAAGGUGUAAAAAUUUAUGGUCGUUGUUGGAUCCGGAUCGCGGAGAUGAUUCAAGGUAGAACCCAGAGCAACGAAAAUAACGUAAUUAUGACAGUUACUCCGACCGUACAAUCUUGUGAUAUAAAUCCCAUAUUAACCCCGCCAAUCACUCCGUCAACUUCAACACAAGUUAAGCUUGUUCAAGGAAUUCAAAGUACUGGAUCGUUCGGUCCAACAAAUAUUUCCUUAUUCGAAGCCAAUGAAAAUCCGGUUGCCAUGUUUCAAAGUCCGAUCACACCGGGUUUUCCUAUCAAUGUUUCAACGGAAAAUUUAUUUUCAAAUUACAUCGUUAACACCAACCAAAUCGACAAUCAAUUUACUUACCAUAAUUCUCCGGAGACUGCUCUUUGUUUUUAUAACGUUUAUAAUAACAAUAACGC